CAUGAACUCUUUCGUUACGGUAACAAUCGCGGCUGUGCUCGCAGUGGCGCAGGUUGCCCUGGCAGGAGUGGUACCUGCGGCUCCACUUGUGGCCGCACCUGCGGCUCCACUUGUGGCCGCACCUGCGGCACCGGUAGUGGCCGCACCAGCACCUGCGGCUAUUGGCUAUGCCAAGGCCGUACCAUACAAUAUUCCACCGUACGCGUCUAGAGUCGACAUCACGUCAAGAAACAUCGCUGCACCAUUAGUUGCAUCUGCACCGCUCGUAGCCGCGGCACCAGCAGCACCGGUCGUAGCCGCGGCACCAGCAGCACCGGUCGUAGCCGCGGCACCAGCAGCACCGAUCGUAGCCGCGGCACCAGCUCCGAUCAUUGCCGCACCUGGUCUCCUCCAAGCUACUUAUGCCGGAAGUUUGGCUGCUCCUUUCGCUCAAUUCGCUGCUGCGGCUUAUGGACCGACGAGGUCAUCUAGUAUGCAAGACCGUGAUCCUCGGUAUUGUGAGAUAGGAGACCAUGGGGUGGGAGUUUCUUUGUUGGAAAGCGAAACCAGCUAUAAAAGACAACGGAGCUCAUCGGUUGCCAUCGCAGUUUUGGCAGUCCAAGCGAAAUCUCCAAGCAAAAUGAUGACCAAGAUCUUUAUUCUCAUCGGCGCCCUCGUGGCUGUUUGCUCCGCCGGUAUUGUACCAGCCGUACCAGCGGCAGUUCCAGCGGCGCUCACGGUUGGUACUUACGCAUCGAGUUACAACGCUCACGCCAUCAAUCAUGCUCUUGCUGCACCUUACAUCGCUGCACCCGCGGCUGUAGCCGCUGCUCCUGCAGUAGCAGCUGCACCCUUUGCCUAUUCAGCUCUACCAGCUACCUACGCUUAUUCCGCACCCCUAAUAGCUGGAAGACGUUAAAAUCUCUCAUUAGGCAAAUUCAACGUUUAAGAUGAUAUCCAACGAAAUUAAUUCACCUAUAGCACCAAAUUGAGAGAAUCAAAAGUUUUGGGUAUAAAAGACAACCAGAUUCUACCGAAUUUUUUCAUCGAAAUUUUUUUACAAUCGGAUCAUCACCGUGCAUCGUCCGUAGAUAAGUAGAGAUCCUAACUGCGACGAUGCAAUCGGAUAAAACCGGUUCUGAUCUCGACUACACCACGGUGCGAACGAUGCCUUGGUCUCAACGCUCUACACUACAUCUCGCUUUCUCAUAUCGCUCCUACUCGAUCGAUCAAUAAAUCAUUCUUUCGAUAAUCCAAA